UAAACAAGAUCAGAGAGGACUUAUCCCAAAGGGUAUAAAAUGAACCAAGAGGUUUUAGUCUGAGCCAUUACAGCGUCAGCUCGCCAUUGCAAAGUAAGCAUGACUGCUACCUUCCUGAUGUCCAUGCUUUUUGGCCUUGCAUGUGGGCAAGCGACGUCUUUUUGUAUUCCAACUGAGUAUACAAUGCAUGUUGAGAGGAAAGAGUGUGAUUAUUGCCUAACCAUCAACACCACCAUCUGUGCUGGAUAUUGUAUGACGCGGGAUAUCAAUGGCAAGCUGUUUCUUCCCAAAUAUGCUCUGUCCCAGGACAUUUGUACAUACAGAGACUUCAUGUACAAGACAGUAGAAAUACCGGGAUGCCCACGCCAUGUUAGUCCCUAUUUCUCCUAUCCUAUAGCUGUAAGCUGUAAGUGUGGCAAGUGCAAUACUGACUAUAGUGACUGUGUACAUGAGGUCAUCAAGACAAACUACUGUACCAAACCGCAGCAGUCCUAUAUGGUGGGAUUUUCUGUUUAACUUUAAUAGCAAUGUAAUUUGCGGUUCAGUUAAAUGUGUUUGCCUGGAAUAAAACGAGUAAUAUAUCAAUAUAUUUCACAAUACACUGUGUACAUUCUGAGUACUAUUUCUUCCAUACCCAUACCCACGCAUGUAUGAGAGACCUUAGGAGCUUUAAAAGAAAAGGUUGACCAAAAGGUCCUUUCGAGCUCAAAUGAUGGUUUCCAUGUGGCAGGGCGGAGUGCAGGUAAAAUGGGGAACAGGGCCAUGAAAUGCUAAGGAAAGUCAGCCUUCAGCAAGCCCUUUUAACAGAGGGCCACGAAUUUUGUCCUGACAUAGAAAAUGAAUGUGGGAAUGCUACAGAGUUAUAAGGAGAGGGCAAUGCGAUCAGAAGCUGAAGGGACGUGGCAUUAGGGUACGAAUUAGGUUUGAAGAUUAGACUCAUUAAUCAAGCAUCUGUAUUUGAUAUACAGUUAUCAGAGGAGAUGUUAUA